AACAACGAUCGCCUUAAUUUACUGGUAAUUGCUUGGGAAGACUGUCCCUAUUGCUUGUGGAGAUAUGCUCUGAUGAAGGUCGACUGAACGAAAGCUUUUUGUAAGAAAUUAACAUCUGACAAGAAGUGUGUGGAGACGUUUUCCUGUUUUUUGUUUUGUCUCCUGCGCCUUCACUAAUCGAUUUUGGAUUAGUCUUUAGAAAAUGUGUUACUUUUGUUAUCAAUCUUUAUACAAUAUAAUUUUAAAAAGAAAACAACCUGAUGUUGGCUACAGUGAUUGAAUACACUGUAAAUACAGAAACGUGUAUUUUAUUGUUUUAAAUGACCACACUGUGUGGAUGUCAAUGUUAACUGGAUGCAGAAUAGACCAAAUGCCUCCAUGAGGAAGAUGAUUGGUCCAAUUUUUCCGCUCACCUCUGGUCCUGGCCGGUUCCCCCGACUUUAUUAGCGUAAUAGUUUGCGCAAGAGCUUGGAAUGAGCAUCGUACAUAAAUAUGGAGCAGGCAUCCAAGAAUUUCAGAAUCACUGUCACAAGGUGUGAGCUGUAGUCGCCUGGAAUUUUACACCGGAUUGCGAUUCAAUAGAAUCUUUCGGAAUGAAUAAAGUAAUCUGCGUUGUUUUGCUCUCUAACGUCUGGAUCUAUUUCUGCGAAGGAGUGGACCCUUGCUGUGCACAACCAUGUGAAAAUAGGGGUUUAUGUAAUUCAAAAGGCUUCGACGACUAUGAGUGUGAAUGCACAAGAACUGGAUAUUAUGGAAAGAACUGCACAACUCCUGAAUUCCUAACAUGGAUAAAGAUAUCAUUGAAACCAGCCCCGAACACUGUGCACUACUUCCUUACACACUACAAAGGGGUGUGGAAUGUCAUCAACAAGAUCAGUUUUGUGAGAAAUGCUAUCAUGAGCUAUGUCUUGACAUCCCGCUCACAUUUGGUGGACAGCCCACCGACUUACAAUUCUGAUUAUGGCUACAAGAGCUGGGAAGCUUACUCCAACCUGUCUUACUAUACACGGACCCUUCCCCCAUUGCCAAAGGGCUGUCCUACACCUAUGGGAACUGCAGGAAGAGCCGUGCUUCCAGAUGCCAAGCUUGUGGUGGAGAAGGUUAUGUUGAGGAAGCGGUUCAUUCCAGAUCCUCAGGGUUCCAAUCUCAUGUUCGCCUUCUUCGCCCAGCACUUCACCCACCAGUUUUUCAAAUCAGACUUCAAGAAAGGACCAGCUUUCACCAAAGCCUUGGGCCAUGGCGUGGACUUACACCACGUCUAUGGAGACACUCUGGAGAGACAGCACAAGCUGAGGCAGUUCAAGAAUGGCAAACUGAAGUAUCAGGUUGUGAAUGGCGAGGUCUACCCCCCAUUGGUAAGGGAGGUUGGGGUCGAGAUGCACUAUCCACCCCACGUGAUCGAGGAGCACCGCUUCGCUGUGGGCCACGAGCUUUUCGGCUUGGUCCCCGGUCUCAUGAUGUAUGCCACCAUCUGGCUGAGAGAGCACAACCGCGUCUGUGACGUCAUGAUGCAGGAGCAUCCCGAAUGGGACGACGAACGCAUUUUCCAGACCACACGCCUCAUCCUAAUUGGCGAGACCAUAAAGAUCGUGAUUGAGGACUACGUCCAGCACCUGAGUGGCUACCACUUCCAGCUCAAGUUCGACCCGGAGCUCCUGUUCAACCAGCGCUUCCAGUACCAGAACCGUAUUGCAGCUGAGUUCAAUACCCUGUACCACUGGCACCCACUAAUGCCUGACACCUUCAACAUUGAGGGCCGCGCCUACACCUACCCCCAGUUUGUCUUCAACAACUCCCUGGUUACAGAGCACGGCAUCAACAACCUGGUGGAGUCCUUCACCAAGCAGAUCGCUGGAAGGGUGGCUGGUGGGCGUAACCUGCCUCCUUCAGUAGUGGGCGUGGCAGCUAAGGCCCUGGAGCACAGCAGAGACAUGCGUUACCAGUCCCUCAACGCCUACAGGAAACGCUUCAACAUGAGGGCCUACUCCUCUUUCGAGGAUCUCACAGGAGAGAAAGAGCUGGCUGCGGAGCUGGAGAGUCUAUAUGGGGAAGUGGAUGCUGUGGAGCUGUACCCAGGCCUUCUGGUGGAGCGCCCCAGACCUAACUCUGUCUUCGGGGAGACUAUGAUUGAAAUGGGCUCCCCUUAUUCCCUGAAAGGUCUCCUGGGAAACCCCAUUUGCUCGCCGGAAUACUGGAUGCCCAGCACGUUCGGAGGGAUUGUGGGCUUUGACAUCGUCAACACUGCUUCAUUGGAGAGGCUGGUGUGCAGCAAUGUCAAAGGUCCUUGUCCUAUGGUGUCUUUUCAAGUGCCAGAUUUUUUUAGAGUGUUUGAGCAGGCGUCAGCCAACGCAAGUGAGACACACCCAAGUGAUGUGAACCCAGGUGUUCUGCUGAAAGAAAGGACUUCAGAGCUUUAAAGAACUAAAGCAAUAGGUUUUAUUCAAAUACACUUAGCAGUGUCUAGUGUUCUAAAGUUGCUCUCAUUUUAGGUCAUUUAGCUGUAUUUAAGAUUUUAUUGUGAUGUAAAAAAAAGCAAAAAGUCUUUAUUUUGCUGCAGCAAUUAUGACAUUUAGCAUGGCAAUAUGCAAUUAUUUUGUCCAUUUUGUUGCAAAACUGCACUGACGAGAGAGAACAUUUGUUGACAUUUGGCUAAAUUGGACCAUAUUAUGCUGUAAAUGUGCGUGAUUAUUUGAAAUUGCCAGGCCUCUUUUUGUACUGCAGUGUUGGAUAAUUUGUAUACAAUAAUAUUUCGAUGAUUUAACUGUUUUAUGAGGAAAUAGUGCAGUGAUUGGACAAAUGUAUAAAUAUUAUAAUUUGGGAUUGCGGAAUCCUUGAGGGACUUAUUUAGUUAUUUAUUGUUUAUUAAUUUAUGUAUUUAAUAUUUAUUAGUGUAUUGUUGAUUAUUUAGUUAUGAUUAUGUUUUUAAAUAUGAAAACCGUUUACUAAUUUGUAAUGCUUAACAUGAACAAAAGUAAGUUAGUUUUCUCUGUAUACACUGUGAAACUUGAAGGAGUUACAAGGGGCUGUUAAGAGCAUCGGGCCAAUAACUGAAAGGUCGCUGGUUCAAGUCCCCGAGCUGGCAAGGUGGAAAAUCAGUCAUUAUUCUGCCCUUGAGAAAGGCAGUUAACUCCCAACAACUACUCCCCGGGUGCCGAUGAUGUGGAAGUCAAUUUAGGCAGCCCCCCGCAACUCUCUGAUUCCAAGGGGUUGGGUUAAAUGCGGAAGACUAUUCAGUUGAAUGCAUUCAGUUGUGCAACUGUCUAGGUAUCUCCUUGCUUGAAGCAAAGACCUAUCCAAAAUACUUUGUUGUUUAUUGUCUGUCUAGAACUUGAACUACCGCAUGGAAAAUCAGCUGGGGUGUAUUUGUCAGUCGUUUUUUUGGGUCAAAUAUAAUGUUAUUGCAAAUGGAGGAAGUGAAUAUUUGUGAGACUGUAUUAUUACAGAGUGAAAUGAAUGAAUGCAAAUGAAUCACACUAAUACAAUUCUUGGUAAAUUGAUUGUCUUUUAAUGCUUUCUUAAGUGCCAUACAAUUUUAAUUGGAAUGUAAAUUGUGACUUUACUGUUAUAAAAGGGGCAAUCUGCAGUUCAAACAACAACAAAGUGGACACUCUGCCCCAGUUUUUGGUAAACAGCUGAGGAAUGGGGCUGGAGAAGUAUAACCAGUUUUAAAUUCAUAGAUAAAGCUAUAGAUGCAAGGACUGACCAUCCAUGAGAUCCAAAUGAUAGUUUUAACCAUGUUUUGAGGCUAGACACUGUUAUUACAUUGUUAAUAAGCAAUGCAACAAAUUAAACAUGCUUACAGAUGAGGUUUGGUAAUUGAACAAAGCUCAUGAGGAAUUAAUAAGUUAUAUUCUUCAAGAAUCAAUGGGUACAUAUCAUUAAUAAAACAUUUAAGAAUGGACGUAGGAAUCACGGAUUGCCCCUUUAACAUGGUUGCAUAUAAAAAACAAUUCACCCAUCUGCCUGUGAAUAAAACAAGUUAAAUUUGA